AUGAUCGUAGGUGUCAUCAUCGGCGAGUUUGUUCCCGGCGUGCAGCCUGCGUUCGACACUGCACGCUUCGCCAGUGUCUCUGCCCCGAUAGCAGCAGGACUCAUCGUCAUGAUGUGGCCCAUCCUCACAAAGGUGCAAUACGAAGCGCUCCCCCGCCUGCUCGUCACACGCAAGACGCUCACACACAUCGCGCUCUCGGUCUUCCUCAACUGGGUCGUCGCACCUCUUGUGAUGCUCGCACUCGCAUGGGCAACGCUGCCCGAUCUGCCCGGGUACCGCACCGGCGUCAUCAUGGUCGGCAUCGCGCGCUGCAUCGCCAUGGUCAUGGUGUGGAACCAGCUCGCGGGCGGCGAUGCGAACUAUUGCGCCGUGCUCGUCGUCCUCAACAGCGUGCUCCAGAUCGCACUGUACUCGCCGUACGCGGUGUGGUUCGUGAACAUCAUGGGCGGCGCAGGCGCCGAUAUCCACGUUUCGUACGGCAACGUUGCCAUCUCGGUUCUGAUUUACCUGGGUAUCCCGCUCGGCGCAGGCCUACUCACACGCGCGCUAUGCCUCUACCUCACCUCGCGAGAUUUCUUCACCAACCGCUUCCUCCCGCUCAUCUCACCGCUCGGGCCGCUGGGUCUCCUUUACACCAUUGUUGUCCUGUUCGCGUACCAGGGACACCACAUCAUCCACGACAUUGGGCCCGUCUUCCGCGUCAUCGUCCCACUCGUGCUGUACUUCACUAUCAUGUGGGCCGGCGCGUUCGCCCUCGUUUGGUGGCUGGGCCGACGCGCACGUGGAAAUGGGCAAUGGAGCUACGAGAUGGCGGUCGUGCAGAGCUUCACAGCAGGCAGCAACAAUUUUGAGCUUGCCAUUGCAGUGACGAUUGCAGUUUACGGCGUCGGUUCGGAGCAGGCGCUCGCGGCGACAAUCGGGCCCCUUGUCGAGGUCCCGGUCCUGCUCGCCCUGACGUGGGUGGCACUGUACCUCGGACGCACGCUACACUGGGAUCGGCAAAGUCGCGUCAAUCCAGAGGAGUUAGCCGGACAGGAUGGAGGACAACGCGAGCGACUAUCGGAAGACACCGAUGAGAAGAGGAGUUCCAAGUCAAACCACGAACGUGUCGAAGAAACAGCCGUGUGA